AGAGAGCCUCCCUAAAACCUCGGGAUCGGUGUCAGCGCCAGACAGUCAGAGCUAUCAGAAACAAGCAACAGAAUUAAGAUAAAACCUGAGAAGAUUCAAGUUCACCUUGAAAAGAAUCAGCUUGAAAACAAGCAAGCCAGAGAGAUCCUGCAAUAGUGUUCCAGGGUGACAGGCUGCAGAGUCCAGACGUUUCCAUUCUGGGCCAGGAUGAAAGGUGCGUGGGGGUGUCCCUCGGGAGCAGGCGGCGCUUGUGAUGUGCAGAAUGAUUGAGAACUGGGCCCUGGAAAGAACGUAUUUGGCCGGUUUGGUUUGGCCACCUGGCAAAGACCUGGUUCGAAGAAGCAAUGGUGGUGAGGGCCUUUGUCCUGCUGGCCAUCUUUGCUGAAGCCUCAGCGAGAUCAUGCACUCCAAACAAAGCAGAUGUCAUUCUCGUGUUUUGUUAUCCCAAAACUAUCAUCACCAAAAUCCCGGAGUGUCCCUACGGAUGGGAAGUGCACCAGCUGGCCCUCGGGGGGCUGUGCUACAAUGGGAUCCAUGAAGGCGGUUACUACCAAUUUGUCAUCCCAGACUUAUCACCUAAAAACAAGUCCUACUGUGGAACCCAGUCCGAGUACAAGCCCCCCAUCUACCACUUCUACAGCCACAUCGUUUCCAACGACAGCACAGUGAUCGUGAAGAACCAGCCUGUGAACUACUCCUUCUCCUGCACCUACCACUCCACCUACCUGGUGAACCAGGCUGCCUUCGACCAGAGAGUGGCCACGGUGCAUGUGAAGAACGGGAGCAUGGGCACGUUUGAAAGCCAGUUGUCUCUCAAUUUCUACACUAAUGCCAAGUUUUCCACCAAGAAAGAAGCCCCCUUUGUCCUGGAGGCAUCUGAAAUUGGUUCAGAUCUAUUCGCAGGAGUAGAAGCCAAAGGUUUAAGCAUUAGGUUUAAAGUGGUCUUGAACAGCUGUUGGGCCACACCGUCAGCGGACUUCAUGUAUCCCUUGCAGUGGCAGCUGAUCAACAAGGGCUGCCCCACAGAUGAAACAGUCCUCGUGCAUGAGAACGGGAAGGACCACAGGGCGACCUUCCAAUUUAAUGCCUUCCGGUUCCAGAACAUCCCCAAACUCUCCAAGGUUUGGUUACACUGUGAGACGUUCAUCUGCGACAGUGAGAAGCUCUCCUGCCCUGUGACCUGUGACAAAAGGAAGCGCCUGCUGAGGGACCAGACGGGUGGCGUCCUGGUGGUGGAGCUGUCCCUGCGGAGCAGGGGAUUUCCAAGUCUCUAUAGUUCCUCAGAUGUUCUCUAUCACCUCGUCCUGCUGCUGGGGCUGUGUACUGCACUGUAGGAGUUAAGCCGGGCAGCGCAGCUCCUGCCCCAAGGUCGUCCUCAGAGAUGACAAACGUGUUCAUUGUGCUGCCGAGAAGAACAAACAGAAGACCACACUGUCUGGGUAGCAGAGGUUAGCGCUUUGCCAGCUAUGUGUUCCGGUGAUUUUUGUGAAUUCAGUGAUCCUUAUCCUUUGGUGUCCCCCUUCUUCUGGCUACUUCCUGAGGCCCUCGCUCCUGACAGCACCUCCCUAGUAGCUGGGGGAGGAGUCUUCUUUCUCAGAUUCAAACCAGGGUGAGAGCAGACUCCUUUGGAAGCUAUUCUAACCUUAAAAGACCCCCCCCCCCAGCAAGGUGCAUAAGUACAGUCAGUGCUAAAUACAGGGCACACAGGAAGAGCCAACUUUGCCCACCAAGGCUUUGUCUUGAGACUGUGAUUCUACCUAAGGAUCAGAGCUGAGCCCUGAGCAAGGGCUUUCAGUCUUUCAUUGGUGUGGGAGUCAGAGGAGAACGGGAUACUUUUGCUCAAAGCUGGAUAAGACAAAUGAAUGGAUUCUCAAGAGACCCUAGUACUAACCUAAUUUGUUUUAACAUUUCUUAACUAUAUAUGCAUAAAAGGGAGAGGUAAACCCUCUAUUCUCUUAGUUGAUAUAUACUUUUAAAAAUCAAAAGACAAUUACUAGUUACAGAGAAAGCUACAAAAGGAACAAAACUCACAUUCAUUUACUGUAUCAUGGCAUUGCCUACAGGAAAUGCUGCCUGUGACAUAGAUUGCUACCCAGGCAACCUGAGCCUCGUGACAUGAUCCUUCAUGUGUCGGUGACACUUAAAAAACUCUCACAGUUUCCUACUCUGUGCUCCACUAAGAGAUCUUCUUUGGACUGAGGGAUCUGAUCUCAGCCUUUACUUAAAAUAUUCAGUCCAAUAUCUAUGUCGGUCUCAUUAACUUAUGCUCCUUACAGUGAACCAACAAAGAGCAUCAGAAACAUGCCAAUAUGGCCAAUGAUAUCACUUGGUAGCAUCUCCUUAAAACGGGCCACCUUGGCUAUCCAGGUAACAUCAGUAAUUUAUAUUUGUUAACCAAAUAAAAACUGAAUGAACUAACCGUGGUGGGGAACUGGAUACAGUGUGAUGAGACUUUUAUUCUGAGGCAUGUAAAGACUCAUGUGGGCUCAUCACUUGAAAUUAAAUGUUAGUUUAUCUCUCUGUAUUUAAUGUAUGUGAGAAGUUUUGAAAUAUCCAGUUUGAUAGUUCUUUCCAACUUGUGCUAGUGAACUCAGAGAUUAAACCAGUUAUCAAAUCUCCAGAGACACGCGGUGUAUGGACGUUACCACACACUACAGUAACAUGGCUCGAUGCACCUACCCUUGACCUACUGUAAGUUGCUACUCCACCUGUUUGAGGACUCUCAGUUCUGAAAACUCAGAUUUUUUUUUUUGUAGUCAAGAAAGAUGACAUUUUAGUGGUUCUCAUUUAAAACUCUUAAAUAGCUUACUUAUAGCCAAAUUUGUAAGUCUUUAGUUAUUAGACAAAAACAAUGUCAUGUUAGUUGUUUUUUUUAUCAUUAUGUUUUAUGAUCAUGGAUCUCCACCUGGUACAAUGGGAUAAAUAAAAUGUUUUAAA